AUGGCGAACAUCGAAGCUUCAUCACCAGCCAGUGAUAAGGGCGAUGUGCAGGCCACGCCGCCAGUGCAACCGAGUAGCCCUCUAGGUCAGCCCUUCAUGGACGGUAUCGCUUUUAUUAAAGACCGCCUUGUGAGGGCGACCGAGGAUGUCUUGAAGCCUGCUAUCGCGUCUUCGUUCAGGUAUUUCGACGCCGACCCCCGUUUCGAGGCAAUUCUUUCCACCCCUCUUUUGAUCGGGUUGUCGCUCGCAGGAGGCAUCUUCUCUCUUUCAGCCGCCAUCCUCGUUCUUUGGAGCGCCGUCUCAAUCAUCGGCGGCGCGUUCUUCCUGAUCUUGGUUCAGUUGAUUUCCCUCACUUUCAAUCUCUUUGUCGCCGCUCUGGUCACAAUCCUUAUCGCUGGGUGUGUGACGGCUUCAUGUGUGUUUUUCAACGCGUCCUUCCACAUCGCCGUCGAAAAGAUCCGUCACAGAGUCUCGAUCGCCAGAAGUCAAACCGAUCCAGCUCAGCAGCCUCUCUGGGAUCAAAUCGUCCUUUAUUGCGCGAUGACGUUCAAAGCUGCGCGUGCGGCAGCACCGCUCUUCGUGACUGCCAUGAAUGCCGAUGUAAAUCAUCAGCUCGCUGCAAGUCAGGCUGCUGAGCAACACGCUGUCCCCGAGAUUACCGCCACUGCACCAGCACCGGCGCCUGCGCCUGUCGCUGCAACGCCCGAGGCGUCACCCCAAUUGGAAGUUCUAUCGGCAGCAUCGUCAGAGGGUCUCAAGCGUCGGGAGCCAUUUGUUAACGCUGGAGGCGAGGGCGAGGGAAAGGAGUAG